UCUUGCUGCUGCUCCCCACUCCAGGAUUUCUAUCUGUCUCCCUGCCUUCCGACAUGCUUCUGCUCUUGGGGCUCUGCUUGGGGCUCCCACUCUGUGUAGGGCAGCAGGACCCCCUGGCGCUGGCCGAAGAGCUGGAAGAGGAGUUAAGGUGGGACGAUCAACAGGUUGGACACCGAGUCCCAAGACAGGUCAGGCUACAACAGAGGCUGAAAACAAAGCCCUUGAUGACGCACUUUUCGGUGAAAUCUACCAUUAUCUCUCGUUAUGCCUUCACCAUGGUUUCCUGUAGCUUGCUGAAUCGGGCAUCAGAGGACAAGGAAGUUGAGUUUCAGAUGCAGAUCCCAGCUGCAGCCUUCAUUACCAACUUCACUAUGGUUGUUGGAGACAGGGUUUAUCAGGGGGAAGUUGCAGAAAAAGAAAAGAUACAUGGUGAUAGAGCAAAAAAGCAAGACAAUAAGACCUUGGAAGAUAAUGGGGAAAAGGGGACUGAGACUUUCAGUGCCUCUGUCACCAUCCCCAGCAAAGAUAAAGCUGCCUUCUUCCUGCAUUAUGAAGAGCUUUUGCAGAGACGGCUGGGAAAGUAUGAGCAUGUAAUCAGUGUCCGGCCCCAGCAGCUUGCAGGGAGAUUGCAUGUAGAAGUGAAUAUUCUGGAAAAGUCGGGCAUUGUGUCCCUUGAAGUACCGCCGCUGCAAAACAGCAGGCAGAAGGGCAGCGGGAAAGUGGAGGAUGAUGUUGGCCCACCUCCUUCCACAGAAGUCAAUCAAAAUGAAACUUUUGCCAAGAUCGUUUUUAAUCCUAGUAUCAUACAACAAGCCAAGAUUGCCCAGAAUGGCAUUUUAGGAGAUUUCAUCAUUAGAUAUGAUGUAAACAGGGAGCAGAGAGUUGGGGACAUUCAGGUUCUGAAUGGUUACUUUGUGCAUUACUUUGCCCCCAAGGACCUCCCUCCUCUCCCCAAGAAUGUGGUAUUUGUCCUUGAUAGCAGUGCAUCCAUGGUGGGAACCAAACUCAGACAGACCAAAGAUGCCCUCUUCACCAUCUUGCAUGAUCUAAGGCCACAGGAUCAUUUUAAUAUCAUCGGGUUUUCCAAUCGGAUCAAGGUAUGGCAGGAUCGCCUGGUAUCAGUGACUCCUAACAACAUCAGGGAUAGCAAGGUCUACAUUCACCACAUGACACCUACUGGAGGUACAGACGUCAACGGGGCUCUCCAGAAAGGCAUCGAACUGCUUAAUGGCCACAUAGCCGACAAUGACAUUGACUCCAGGAGUGUGUCUCUAAUUGUCUUCCUGACGGAUGGAAAGGCCACAGUGGGAGAGACUCAGUCAAGUAAGAUCCUCAGCAACACAAAAGAAGCUGCCCAAGGUCGAGUCUGCAUCUUUACCAUAGGCAUUGGAAAUGACGUAGACUUCAAACUGCUGGAGAAGCUGUCGCUGGAGAAUUGCGGCAUGAUGCGGCGAGUGCAGGAGGAGGAUAAUGCCAAGGAAGAGCUGAUCGGGUUCUACGAUGAGAUCAGAACCCCUCUACUCUCUGACAUCCGAAUUGAUUAUCCACCUGGCUCUGUCGAGCAUGUUACCAAAACUCUUUUCCCUAAUUACUUCAAUGGGUCUGAAAUCGUCGUUGCUGGGAAGCUGGUUGACAGUCACUUGGACAAUCUACAUGUGGAAGUCACAGCCAGCAACAGUAAGAAAUUUGUGGUCCUGAAGACAGAUGUUCCUGUUGCAUCCCACAGCACAGGGAAUGAUGUUACAGGGGUUUCCACUCCAGUGGGCCAAGAUGCUGACCAAAAUUACAUUGAGCGGCUCUGGAGUUACCUUACUAUUAAGGAGCUGCUGACUUCAUGGCUGAAGAGUGAUGAUGAACAGGAGAAAGAACGCUUGAUGGAAAGGGCUCGGGCUCUUGCAGUGCACUACCAUUUCCUCACCCCUUUCACUUCCUUGAAGGUGAAGGAGUUGGCACCUGAAGCAACUCAAGUGGCCACAAAAGAAGUCUAUGGCAGUUCUGCGGCAAUGGGUCCAGAGACAGUUGUGCAAAGUUUGCACGGAAAGAACAUGCCACCAGAGCCUGAUUUCAAGAAACAGUACAACCCAAGAAUUAAAAUCUCCAAAACAUCAGCGGAUGGCGACCCUCAUUUUGUGGUGGACUUUCCCUUGAGCAAGCUCACUGUCUGUUUUAACAUCGAUGGGAACCCCGGGGACAUUCUCAGACUCGUCUCUGAUCACAGGGACUCUGGUAUCACAGUGAAUGGAGAAUUAAUAGGGGCCCCAGCUCCUCCAAAUGGUCACAAGAAGUAUCGGACUUACUUCCGAACCAUCACUAUCCUCAUCAAUAAGCCAGAGAGAUCGUACUUGGAAAUCACACCUAACAGGAUUGUCUUGGAUGGUGGGGACAGGUUGGUCCUCCCUUGCAGUCAGAGUGUAGUAGUGGGGAGCUGGGGACUGGAGUUGUCUGUCUCUGCCAACGCUAACAUCACAGUGACCAUCCAGGGCACAAUUACUUUUGUUAUCCUUAUUCACCUCUACAAAAAUCCAGCUCCUUACCAGCGAAACCAUCUUGGCUUCUACAUCUCCAAUAGCAAAGGACUGUCAGCCAAAAGUCAUGGACUUUUAGGUCAAUUCCUGAACCAGGAGCCCAAGCUAAUAAAAGAGCCAGUUGGCUCAGGCUCCAACCAGAACCAUACUGAGCCUUCAGUCUCGCAGGCAGACCUAAGCUCUGAGACCAUUCUAAAAGUGAAAGAGCACCGGGUUCCAGUGGUCUGGAAACAGAGGAAGAUCUACAAUGGACAAGAGCAGAUAGACUGCUGGUUUGCCAGAAAUUCGGCCAAGCUCAUUGAUGGAGAGUACAAGGAUUACUUAGCCUCCCAUCCCUUCGACACAGAGACCACUUUUGGAGUAGGAACAUCCCAAUGACUGUAGGACAUGCCAGCCCUGGAUAUGAGAACACAUGUGAAAGGUUCUUCAGGAGAUGAUGAACUGAAUUGUCCCAAGUGGAAUUGGGGUGUGGCUGGGGAAGGGGCCGGCUUGGAUUCAGAGCAUGACUCUGGCCUUUGAGCUAGCUGUAGAGGAUUAACUUGCACGUUCUCAGGAAGAGGAGAGCACACACUUACCAAACCUGAAAAGAAUGCCAGCAUCUCAGAGUUACACAGGCCAAGGAGUCAGAAAUCAUGAUGUGAGGGAAGAAGUUCGAUUGUUUUCAGACCUUGAUCAAACCUGUGUCACAAAUAGAAGAGGGAAGGGUACAGCUGCAGGGAGCUGCGAGUGGAAAUAAAACCUGUGAAUAUUGCCCAUUUAAUUUUUGAACACCUCAUCUGAAGCCAAAUUGCAUUAUUAAGGGGGAACGAGCCUGAUGGUAGAAAGGAAGCUUUAUCAUUACUCUUUUCCAAAUAUCUCUCCACCUUUGCUCUUCUGUUCAUCAUACUGUCUUUUAAGUGAAACAAGCCUACAUCAGAUCUAGUGAGGAAGGUUGUCUGGGAAGUAGACAGAUGCUGGGUGUAUGGAGCCAAACACAAGAGGGGUGCCAGAAAUUUUCAGCCAAAGAAAUAUUUUCUUUUGACGAGGGCUCUAUUAGAAGGCCAAGUGUUAACCUCAGGAGAGGUUCCUUAUGUUAGGAGCAUGGCCAAACUAGCCCUUGCAUGAAAUAUGAAAACAGCCCUAGCAUUUGGGGAGAAAUCAGAAUUAAGAAAAUUGUUUGCCGAGUUUGCCUUCUCUUGAGAAACAUCAGGAAUAGCCAAAUGUCACCCACGUGGUGCAGUCAGAUCCAGACAGCUUCAAGGGAAGUAGCUUAGGUCACUUUUACUAUCUAAUUUCUCUAAUUUGUCUUAAAUCAUCCACCUCUGUCCUCAACAACAGAUGGCCAGGAACUGAUCUCCUGAGUUCAGUUAUAUCUAUCCCUUAUCCUGCUAUUCCAUUUGUUCUCUCUCUCUCUCUCUCUCUC